AUGUUACCACGAUUACUUCGAAGCUCGAGGGUAUUCCCUAGAUUGAGGGUCAACAAUUUAAACAAUGCGAGGAAUUUGAUACAGAGGAGAACGUUGAUUGCGGCGCCCAAAGCUGGGGGCGGUCCGUUGAUGGAAAGAAGAGGGGAUCGGGAAUUACCUGAGCCCGAUAGUGGCAUGCGCUGGAUUGCCUCCGUCCCCAUUUUCCUCGUCGUUCUCAUAUCCAGCACUCUCGCCAUCUUCAACUAUCAAAAAUCGUCAUCCUCUGUCGUAUCCUCUACACUCUACGCCCUACGCACAUCACCCAAAGCGCGCGAGUUCUUGGGAGAUGAAAUAUAUUUUGCGAGCAAGAUGCCGUGGAUUUGGGGCGAGAUGAAUCAAUUGCAUGGCAGGAUUGAUAUACAGUUUGAGGUCAAAGGGACGAAGAGGACCGGGACAAUGAGGUUUACGAGUACUAGGGCGACGAGACAGGGGAUGUUUGAGACGACAGAGUGGAGCUUGGAGGGUGGGGAGGCGGAGGAGAAGGUGAGGGUUGAUCUUUUGGAUGGAGAGGAUCCGUUCAAGGGGAUUGAGGAUGUGGAGGAGAGGUCGGCAGAACCUGGGAGGGGUAGUUAUGCACCGACUUUGUCGGGGUAG